AGUUGAUGUAUAUAUAUCGAAUAGCAAACAUAGUAGCCUACAACUGUUUUCCAACAUGCUUUAAUGAGAAUAUAAAGAGAUUAGCUUAAUCAUUCUAAACAUGCAGAUUACAAAGCAAAACAUGGUCAUGCGUUAUGCUUUGUUCCAUAUGUUCUUCUUGCUUUCACUGGCGGUGGCACCACCGUCAAACGCCGCUACCAACAAUACCAAACCUGGCUGCCAAAGCAGAUGUGGUAACGUAGACAUUCCAUACCCAUUUGGUAUCGGCCCAUAUUGUUCUAUGAACGUAGACUUUAACAUCGACUGUAAUAUUUCUAUCAACCCUCCAAAACCUUACCUCUCCUUUGUUAAUUCGAAUGACACAUAUGUCCAUUACUUAGAGGUUAUUAAUAUCUCAAAAUCCCAAAUCUAUGUUAAGAACUCGGAGCUGCAGCUGGCAAGGAGUUGCUAUGGCAUGCCGACCAAUAACAAUACGGUGAAUCAUUCUACAAGGCUCGAUUUUUUUGCUACUCCUUAUACCUUGUCAGAUGCGAAUCAGCUAACAGUAGUUGGUUGUGAAGACUUGGCUGUCGUACGACAAUUUUCAAACUUAACCCAUAUCUACGGCGGUAUUGGUUGUCUGUCGUUUUGUACGGAUACACUUUCCAUCGGAACAUGCCCUAGCUGGGGCUGUUGCCAAACCAACAUAUCCAAAACUGACUUUCUCUAUGUUACACUGUUCGACAUGCAAACUAUUGGGAGAAGAGAUAGCAGAUAUUUGCCUUGUAGUUUAGCCUCCGUUGGAAUGAUCGGCGAUCUUGGUAAUUUCAUUUUCAAUUUAUCCGAUCUCGACGAUUCAACAGCAUUUCUAAAGAAUAAUAAAGAGUUUAUGGAUAGGCCAUUGGUGUUAGAUUGGAGAAUUGAUCCUUUUUCGAAUUGCAACAAAACUUCAUGUGGAAAGAAUAGUGUUUGCAAUAACUGGGAUUUCCUUUAUGGAGGAUAUCAGUGCAGGUGCAUGGAAGGAUAUGAGGGCAAUCCCUACCUUGGGUGCCAAGGUUAUUUUUAAAUUUUUUUAUAUUAUUUAAUUAAAAGACUCGUGCA